AUGUCCACCAACCGGCCAUUCCUGGCCAACUUCCUAGCGGCCUUUCGCGCCCAGUCCACAUACAAAGCCUCAGCAGCAGGUUCACAAUCCGCGACCGCUGGUCCAUCCUCCUCGCUCUCCUCCACCCAAAUCUCUCAAGGCGCACGAGCCAUAGCCACCAAGGCCAGCAGCGGCAACGCAGCCGCUUCCUCAUCAGAUGCCUCUCCAUCCACCACCACCCAUCACUACCACCAUCAUUCCACCACUAGCGCCUCAUCCUCCUCCCACUCCCGUCCUCACUCGCACCAGCGAUCUCCAUUGAACCAACCCGAAUCUUCUCCAGCAUCCCCGGCCCCACCUCAGACCCAGCAGGUCGCUUCUUCUCCACCCACCCCGGCCGCAUCAAACCCCAUCCCGAUCACAAACAGCCAAGGCCGCCAGCGUCGCGGCAGCGACAGCUCCAGUGGCUCGGGAGGGUUCCGCGAUGCGCUGGGUCCGGAGAAGUGGUAUAUCGGAGGUCGAACGCCUGGCGGGGAGGAGCGGUUCUACCGUUUAGGGAUGGUGACGAAGGGCGGAGGUCGGCUCGGUGGGAGUGGUAGAGUGGGAAGCAUUGAUCAGCUAAGUCUGUGA